AUGCACAAUACCUCUCAUAUGAUAGCCACGGAAACGAAGCGGGUGACCCCUUCAAAGACUGAGGACUUUGUUCAACUAGGAUUGACUGCGGCUCUAACCGAAUUUGAAGACUACCUUGCAAAGAAUCGGGACGAAAGGUCCAACAUCGAACAGCAAUUGAUGGAAAAGGCUGUGGCACUUGAAAAGGAAAUCGAUCGGCUUAGGAAUGCCCUAUGGCUAGUUAACGCCAGAAUUGAAGCGACCAUGUACCUUUCUACCAGUCAUCGUCGUCGUCGCUUAAUUCGCCAUCGCCGUCACGCCCGCCGGCACCGUUGGCAAUGA